CUCCGCAGCCCCCAGCAAGGAGAGUCACUCUGCUGCCAAUAACCAAACAUUACGCCAUCCUCCGCUGGUUUUUUUUUUUCUGGACUGACAGCGGUUGCAUGCUCUGCCCAGUCAGAUUUUGAGCAUCUGCCGGCACUGGUGGGAGGACGUCGGCACUGACUGCAGCGCAUUGCGAUGCAGAGAGGGAAGAAUAACGAUGCGAUGCCUGCAUGAGCCGCUCGCCUGAAGCCGACAGCAGCAGCCUCCUGUGCGGACAGAGUGCAGGAAGGUGGUGGUGCUGCUGGUGGUGGAGGACUUUAUGCGCACACCUCUGGGCGCUGCUACCGAAGAGGGCCGAGGUGUCUCUGCAGCGCCGCAGCUUUGAGGAGGGAUACCGUCUCGAUACGUGACUCCGAGUCCAAAGCUGCCCUGGCUCGGGAUCUGAGAGGGAGGGGGGGCCCUAGCGCGGCACCCCGCCCGUCUCGCCUCAUUUGGACUGCAGGGAUAACGACCUAAACCGUGAUAUCUCCGCGCAGAAAGCUCUGGGCAGGUGUUGGUGGCAGCGCUGUCAUCAUCCGUACACCGUUUUCCUCCAUCCCGCACCUCUGCGCCAAAGGCUCCCCUUGCCCUUGGAUAACACGAGAUAAGAGUGGCAAAGAAUUGUUGGAUAUCUUCAACCUCUGCUAUAGCCUUUAUGGUAUGAUGGAAGGACCAAAGGGCCUAACAGUGGGAGCCUCUGUGGAGAAGGAAUCAGCACAUAAUUUCUAAGACUCCCAUAUGUUUUGUCUCAUGACAACCUUUUCUAACCUUUUCAGUCAUAACAUGAGGAUAUAAGUUGAGUCAACAUGGAUAAAUCAUCAAAAUGUGUCAUCACUUAAACAACCAGCUCAAUCAAUAAAAAGCCUCUUAUCUCUGCCUCUUCUUGGGCCUUCUCAUCAACAGUUUUCGUAGCUGCCUCUUCAUCAGCCGUACAACAUGCGCCCUUCCCUCGCCACAGCAGUCCUACCACCCAGGACACGUUCCCACAAUGCACCCAACCUGGCUGUGGGGAGCCGUGAACAUGUAUCAGCUCCACGAAGGCGCAGCCCCCACCUGCGGCACACCCUCAGCCCAGAGAACCUGCGAACCCUGGCGGAGAGGGGUGGGGCUUCUGUUGAUAGCGUCUCUGUCGUCAGCAGUCCUAUUGGUCUUCCACGGGCUAACAGCGACACAGAUCUGGUGACCUCCCAGAGCCGGUCCUCACUAACGGCGUCCACACUGGAGUACACGCUGAACCGGGGACAGAACCUCGUCAUAUCCUGGGAUAUCAAGGAGGAAGUGGAUGCUACCGACUGGAUUGGGCUGUACCAUAUUGAUGAAACCAGUCCAUCCAACGUGUGGGACUGUAAGAACCGAGGGGUGAAUGGCACCCAGAAGGGUCAGAUCGUUUGGAGGCUGGAGCCUGGGCCCUACUUUAUGGAGCCUGAGACCAAGAUCUGUUUCAAGUACUACCACGGCGUGAGUGGAGCCUUGAGAGCCACGACGCCCUGCAUCACCGUGAAGAAUCCAGCAGUCCUGGUUGAGGGGCUGGCAGAGCAGGUGGGUGUUGAGCACCCUCGGAAACUGAUCAGCUUUACUUUGACAGAUCUGCGUGCAACUGGCCUGAAGAAGGGCAUGUUUUUCAAUCCGGACCCAUACCUGAAGAUGUCCAUUCACCCAGGGAAGAGGAGCGUUUUCCCCAUCUUCAGCCAUCAUGGACAGGAACGACGAUCGGCCAUCAUUGCUAACACCACCAACCCCGUCUGGCAUGGAGAGAAAUACACAUUUGUAGCACUAAUGACAGACAUCCUGUACAUCGAAGUGAAGGACAAGUUUGCGAAAAGCAGGCCGAUCAUCAAACGUUUCCUUGGUCAGCUCACUAUCCCUGUGCAGCGGCUUAUUGAGAAAAUACCUGGAGUCCAGCCUGUGAGUUUCCCUUUGUGUCGGCGCUUGCCCACCGAACACGUAAGCGGCCAGUUGCAGUUCAAAGUGGAGCUCACCUCGACUGGGCCUGAUGGUGCCUCUCCUGAUUCUAUCAUCGGCAUUUCGUCCUUGAAUGGAGCUCCAGGGACUCCAUCUGAUGACGAGGACCUGCCCCAUCACCUUCCAGGGGUGGUCUCUUCAGGCCCCUCCCCCACCGGCUCCCAGGGCUCCCAAAGCAUGUGGGAAGGUGGGGCCACGGCCUACCCAGAGAAGGACCUGCCUGUUGUUGGAGCUGAGGGUCAAUACAUGGCAGCUACGAGCAUGUCAGGCCAUCAAAUGCUCCAGAGGUCACUCAUUGAGGGCCUGGAUGCUAUCGAGGCCCCCAAAGGUCCCGGUGAAAGACCGCUAGGUGCCGCUUCACCUAAACUACGCUCCAGCUUCCCCACACACACGAGGCUCAGCGCCAUGUUGCACAUCGAUUCAGACGAGGAUGAGGAGAGAUCCGGGGCCAAUGACAUCAUUCCGGUGCCGCUGUCACCGCUGCUGAUGAAUGGAGACCCUCCAGAUGUCAGUGGCCCCGAUGAGGACGACCCGUUUCCUGAGCUCCAGCAGGAGCCUGAGCAGCUGGAGCCGUCAGUGCUGGAGGAGGAGCCCGAGGGUGCAAGAGCUCUGACAGAAGACGUGCCCCCUGGGGCCGACGAAGUCCUGGAUGUGGAGGCAGGCCUGGACUUGGAGGAUAUUUUGGAGCCAGACGUCUUCUCUGAAGUAGAGGACACUCCCUUCAUCGAGGCUGUGUCCCAUAAUGCUUUGCCAGAGGGUGGAGAGGUGCAUGAGGAAGGAAGGGGGCCUGGUGAGGACCCUUUGUCAGAGAUUGACACCUGCUCCAUGGCAACAGCCCCUCAGACGGUUGUCUCAUCAUCAGAGAGCUGUCCAAUCACACUGACUACUGCUGUGGAAGCAGAGGAGGGCGCAGAGACAGCCAUUGAUCCAGGGGGAGACAUAACGUCUGGUACCCCACCGAGUAAUCAAGCUGUAGCUGAUGAAGGUGGUGGGCAAGUCGUCGCCGUCACCGAGGCUGAAGUAGAAGCUCCCUCAGCAGGCGAGCAAGAGGAGGUGGAGGAGAUCAGCGUGAGGAGGCUGAGCCUGCAGGCUGCUGGGGGCGUGGCUGUAGAACAGGAAGGGGAGGAGACAAAGCCACCUGAGGAGGCGGUAUCUGCGGAUUCAGAGCAAGCUACCACGGAAACAGAUGGAGAGGAAGGUACCCACGUCAACGGCCAUCCUGUGCGUUCGCUUCCUUCUGUGCGUCACGACAUCCACCGUUACCAACGUGUGGACGAGCCACUGCCUCCCAACUGGGAGGCUCGGAUCGACAGCCACGGCAGGAUCUUCUUCGUGGACCACGUGAACAGGACCACCACAUGGCAGCGUCCCACCGGACCUCCUGCCCCGCAGGGCCUGACUCGCUCCAACUCCAUUCAGCAGAUGGAGCAACUCAACCGCAGAUACCAGAGCAUCAGGAGGACCAUAACCAACAGUGAUCGGGCAGAGGAAAGCACGGUUGACCUGCUUCCUGAACCAGAAGGCGAACUGAUGCCUCACUCCAUUUCUGAAUACAGACGAGAAAGUGCAGUCAGUCACUCCAGUGGUCGUUCGCGGCUUUCUCUGCUGCUGCAGUCACCCAGCGCCAAGUUCCUGUGCAGCCCCGACUUCUUCACCGUGCUGCAUUCUAACCCCAGUGCCUACCGCAUGUUUACGAGCAACACCUGCCUGAAGCACAUGAUCAGUAAGGUGCGUCGGGAUGCUCAUUACUUUGAGCGCUACCAGCACAACCGCGACCUCGUCACCUUCCUCAACAUGUUCUCCAACAAGCAGCUGGAGCUUCCUCGGGGCUGGGAGAUGAAGCACGACCAUACUGGGAAGCCUUUCUUUGUGGAUCACAACUGUCGCUCCACGACCUUCAUUGACCCGCGGCUGCCCCUCCAGAGUUCUCGCUCCACCGGGCUGCUGGCCCACCGCCAGCACCUGAGCCGCCAGCGUAGCCACAGCGCCGGGGAGUGCUUCCUUUUGUCACAGGUGGUGGAUGACUCUCGCCAAACCAACCCGCCCAUCAUGCCCCGCCCAUCCAGCACCUUCAGCGGCUCCAGUCGAAGUCAGUACCACGAUGUGGUGCCUGUGGCCUACAAUGACAAGAUAGUGGCGUUUCUACGGCAACCCAACAUCUUUGAGAUACUGCAGGAAAGACAACCGGAGCUCGCCAGGAACCACCCGCUCAAGGAGAAGGUGCAGUUUAUUCGCACUGAGGGAGCCAGUGGGCUGGCUCGUCUCUCUAGUGACGCUGACCUCGUCAUUCUGCUGAGCUUAUUUGAGGAAGAGGUGAUGUCAUAUGUGCCACCGUUACUCCACCCAAGUUAUUGCCUCUCCUCUCCUCAGAGCUCCCCUGGCACCCAGCGAGCUAACGCCCGCGCUCCUGCUCCCUACAAGCGAGAUUUUGAGGCUAAACUGAGGAACUUCUAUAGAAAGCUUGAGACCAAGGGUUAUGGCCAGGGACCCGGGAAAGUCAAGCUCAUCAUACGCAGGGACCACCUUCUGGAGGACGCCUUUAACCAGAUCAUGUGUUACUCUCGAAAAGACCUACAGCGGAGUAAACUCUACGUCAGCUUUGUAGGGGAGGACGGACUGGACUACAGUGGACCCUCCAGAGAGUUUUUCUUCCUGGUGUCCAGAGAACUGUUCAACCCGUACUACGGCCUAUUUGAAUAUUCAGCCAACGACACGUACACUGUCCAGAUUAGCCCCAUGUCUGCUUUUGUAGACAACCACCAUGAAUGGUUUCGCUUCAGUGGGCGUAUCCUGGGGCUGGCUCUAGUUCAUCAGUACCUGCUGGAUGCCUUCUUUACCCGACCCUUCUAUAAGGGGCUUCUUCGCAUCCCGUGUGACCUGAGCGACCUGGAGUUCCUCGAUGAGGAGUUCCACCAGAGCCUGCAGUGGAUGAAGGACAACGACAUCGAAGACAUGCUGGACCUCACCUUCACUGUCAACGAGGAGGUCUUUGGACAGAUCACAGAGAGAGAGCUGAAGCCAGGCGGGGCUGGUAUCCCCGUGUCAGAGAAGAACAAGAAGGAGUACAUCGAGCGUAUGGUCAAGUGGCGUAUAGAGAGAGGAGUGGCCCAGCAGACAGAGAGCCUGGUCCGAGGCUUUUAUGAGGUGGUGGAUGUGCGCCUGGUGUCAGUGUUUGAUGCCAGGGAGCUGGAGCUGGUGAUUGCUGGCACCGCAGAGAUCGACCUGGCAGACUGGAGGAACAACACGGAGUACAGAGGAGGUUACCAUGACAACCACAUAGUGAUCCGCUGGUUCUGGGCAGCUGUGGAGAGGUUCAACAACGAGCAGAGGCUGAGACUGCUGCAGUUUGUGACAGGCACCUCCAGUAUUCCCUACGAGGGUUUUGCUUCUCUACGGGGCAGUAAUGGACCCCGCAGAUUCUGUGUGGAGAAGUGGGGAAAAAUCACCUCCUUACCCAGGGCUCACACUUGCUUUAAUCGUCUGGACCUCCCGCCCUACCCGUCCUUCUCCAUGCUCUACGAGAAGCUGGUCACUGCUGUAGAGGAAACGAGCACGUUCGGUUUGGAGUAACCUCACCCAGAUGACACCCAGAUUUAACUCGGGGGAGAGAACAAUCUGGAAAUCCACUUUUCUCACUUAGGAAAGACAUGGAAUAUAAAACUAAAAUCCUCAAAAGGCAACUAACCCCUUCCCCCCUCCCACCCGUGGAUAAUUCUGCUGUUUAUUCCCGACUGGUUUUUUGUCACUCAGCAUGCCGGUUUCGUUCCGAUUCUCUGCCUUUCUCUCACAUUUCUGACAGAGCUCGAUCAAGCGAACACCUGCUGGAAGAAAGGCGGAGAAUCGGAAAUGGUUUGAAAAGCUGUACAGUACAAGUUGUUUUCAUGGUAACCUUUAUUCAUCGAACCACAUGUGUGCUUUAUCUCUUCAGUUAAUGGCCUUGGUUACGGGAUUUCUAGCACCUCCCCUCCUCCUCCUCCUCCUCCUCCUCCUCCUCCUCCUCCUCCUCCUCCUCCUCCUCCUCCUCCUCCUCUUCCAACCUGCACCUCAGAGACAGCUGCUCAAAAACCACUACACUCCCUUCUCCCUCUCUGGACCUCUAAACUGUGUCCUUUCUGCACUGGGGCUGCAGCGUUAUAAAUUAUAACACACACACACACUCAUCACCUUUGCACAAAACACACACAUAAACAUACAUGUAACAUCUUGUUUUUUUUUCCGAUGGUGCAAACCAGUGUUUCCCCCCUUGAGAUUUUUUAUCAGAAUGGAAAAACGUGACAUUUUAGACGAUACUGACUAGUCCUCCAUGCCUCUCUGAUGGUGGGGGAUACACUGGUGUGCACAAACACACACAUAAACACAGAUAAACCCACACAAAUCAGUUGCUUUAAGACUGAAAAUACACUUCUUUUCACCAUUUUGAUUCCUGAAUAAGUCAGACAAAGAGUCACCAGUGACGUAUUUAUGGACAAUGUCAAUGACCCAUUGUGAUCAUGUUAGCAGGAUCUGGUCAGGACUGUUACCUUCAAAACUGCGACAUCAGAGCUCCUAGAUGGGCAGGAAAGAUAAAGACACAUCUGAGAAAUGCAGUUUCUGCAUACACUCAAAACAUUGACAGCCAGUAUCACAUGCAUACAGUGUGACAGCAUUAGCCUUGAUGCUAGAGGUGCACUUUCUUACAGUGUAACAGGUGCACUCACUCCGGUAUACAGAUACAUUAACUGUACUGACAUAGAAACGCAGGGUUCCUGUCUUUCAAACUGUUCCACACAUUUAUCACGAGCAAUAGAUGCACUUUCCUCACACAGACAGAUGACGCCCGCUCAGAAGUAACGACACACCAGGUCCUUCUCACUGAUGUUAUCGCCUCCCACCCAAUGAAAGUGAUGAAUGUACCAAAUCAGUGACUGAAUGUAUGAACCUCAAGCAACUCUGUUCGGCCCCUGAGGGAAAUCUGAACACAGGCUGAAGAGGAGGAAGCUGAAAGCUCGAGGAAAGGAAAUUAAAUGCGAUGCAGUUGCUUGAGGAACGAGCAGGCGUGGCGCCGGUUUAGGCCUCGUUAGCUGAAAGACACUAGUCUGUAGUGUCAGGGUGCAGUGGUGGGAUUGUUUUUAGUGCCUCUUGGGUUUUCCUGAACUUAAAGUGAAAUUUCAUAAGGGAAGCUGUUUUAUUUCCUUGUAAAAAUGUGACCAUCUCCAUGUGUCUCACAAAUUAAAGAAACUUUAGCUGCUUAAAGGCAGAAUGAGUAGGAUUUUCCUAAAAAACAAAACAAAACAAUGUAUAGACUCAUACAAAAGUAAUCCAUCUCAAUCAUCAUUUAUGAC